AUGCAGCUUGCAUCGUCUGCUUGAAGAUGUCUUCUGCUUAGAGUGAAGACCUAGCCGUCGUUUUUACACAUCAAAAUUGGUGGAAUUGAUAUUAACUUAAAUUCUGUUGAAUGAGAAGUGGUUGGAAAAAACGGAGUGCACGUUGUGGAGGCCCUGAGGGUUCAGUCAAAUAGACCUGAAUGUUUGUACUUGGGAUUUAUUGAUUUUGUGACAGGUGUACACUUUAACUUUAUCAGUCUUGACUUAUAAAGGAAAGAAUAUUACAAAAUGAGAGCCAUUGCGUGGUCUGUGUGGGUGUUCAUUAACUUUGUUUUCCUCGGCAUGUGUGGCUUCUUUUAUGUUCUCUGCUCUCAGUAUUGGGGUUAUGUGGAGAAAAGACAUGCUUAUAUGGAUACUUAUUACAAUAAACGUACUAACAUUGGUCAACACCAUAUUCAGUACUAUGCGGAAACUGACAACCAUUCGGACCACUUGAGGCAAGUUAUAGAUAAUAAAGCUAAUGAUGUAUAUCCUGAAAGAAAAGUUCGUGCAUCACCUUUAGCCCGUGAUCGUCAUGAGUCACAACGAAGUUCAGAAAAAAAAGGGGCCACCCCGGUUGAGCCUACAAGUAAGACAGACAAAGUUAAUCAAGCAUUAAAUGAAAAAAUUUCUAAACAUAAGAGCCAGUUGAUGAUACAGCUUAGAAGAGUAUUGCAUGAUGAAAGCAGUGUAUUUAAAGCAAGAGGUGAAGGAAGUAAUCCAUAUAAUGUAGAGUAUGUCGGCCCCAGAGGACCAUAUGAUAAAAAGUCUGCCCGAGAGUUGGUGUGUUCUCUCAAGAAGAAAGGACUGAUAAAGAUGAUCCAGAAGGAAGAUGAGCCUUUUAAAUCAAUGGGCUUGGGAGUUCAAUUUCCCAUUGAACCGGUGUUUGAAGAUGAUAAGAUAUUUGAGAGUUGUGCAGUUGUUAGCAGUGCAGGCUCACUCCGUGGAUCAGAGCUUGGAGAAACUAUUGAUAAGCAUGAUGUUGUGCUACGCUUUAAUCAUGCUCCAACUCAUGAAUAUGAAGUUGAUGUAGGACGCAAGACAUCUGUACGCAUUGUAAACUCCCAAGUUAUUUCAAAACCAGAAUUCAAUUUCUUGGAGUCACCUCUUUAUAGUAAUAUUAAAAUUGUUGCCUGGGACCCAUCUAAAUACAACCACUCAAUGGAACAGUGGUACCAAAAUCCAGAUCAUGACAUCUUCACCUCAUACUUCAAACACCGUUCGUUGAAACCUGAAACAAAUUCUUAUAUUUUAAAUCCAACAUCCCUUUGGGAUCUUUGGGACUACAUUCAAGCUCACAUGCCACUCCGUAUUAGACGUAAUCCACCAUCAUCAGGAUUUCUGGGUCUGGCUCUACUGCUACCACACUGUGCACAUGUAGAUAUGUUUGAAUUCAUACCAUCAUUCCGAAUGACAAAAAGGUGCCACUACUAUGACAAUUUGGAUGAUAUUUCCUGUACUUUUGGUGUAUGGCACCCUCUCUCUGCUGAGAAGUUACUCCUGUUAUCCAUGAACAUCGCAAAUGAAACAGAAGUUUUUCGUGAUGGGUACAUUCGGAUUCCAGGUUAUCAAACUCUGGGAUGUGGGGACUAAAUACUUGUUACAUACUUCUUCAGUAUUUGUUUUUAGUAUAAAAUAUCCAAAAGACUAAAAGUUGAUCAAUUGUAAGAUUUUUCCGCUUGUGCCAAUACUGUAUUAAUUUUGUCUUCCUCUCUAAGCAAGUGAAACAUCCAAGUUAUACUUUUGUUGCACAAUACUUGCUCAUUUAUGCAUGAUUCCUUAGUUGUUUUUUUUUUGUAGAUUAUAGAUUAUUUCUCUUGUGAAUUUUUUAAAUUUCUAGUCAUAAUGUAGAGCCCUGUGAUAUUAUAUCAUUGAGUAUCACCAACAUUUUAUUAAUAAAAGUUUUGUUAACUUUGUCAUGUAGUUUUUAAAUUUGAGGCUGUGUUUCACAUGACAUUCAUUGGUGCUGGUCACCAUCAGAAACAUACCAUUCAUAAAUUGAUUUUUCAAUUAAAUCUCUAUAAUUGUGAUAUUGAACCUUUCAUGUUAUUUAAUGUUACUAACUCUGACCUUUCUUUGACCUUGUAAAUGUAAUGUCUUUGACAACAGGUCAUCAGUAAGUAAUUGUUAGUUAGAUCUGUCUGUUGAUUCAAGGGCAGUUUCAACUCAUGUGCAAAGAUAUUGUCAAAAUAAUAAUAAAAUUAAAGUAUAGACCCCCCAAAA